GUGUGUGGACACUGAUAGAGGGAAGAGAGAGAGGGGGGUGGAGGAGGCGGAGGACGGAGCUCCCUCGUCGUUGUCGUCGGUGACGGUGGUACAGAUGGGUGCGACUCUCCUCAGCUGAGCCAGCGGUCACCCUGCCUGAAUGCUGUCCGGAUCCAGCUGAGCGCAGUUGGAUAUCCCACAUCCUGCGAAUGACACUCGGCCAUCAAGCUGUGAGUCAACAGGGGGUCUUCAGGGGAUUCAUGCUGUGGAUUUUUAGCUGCACCAGCCUGCACAGUUUGCUCUCAGAGUCCAAAAGAAACUGCAAAGCACACAUCGGUUAUCAAUAUGCAGCGCUACCUGCUCAACUGCUGGCACCAUGCUGCCCCGUAACAUGCGAACAGGUGGCUCUGACCUGCCGGGGGUGGAGUCGAGCGAGGUGCCCCUCAUCGGCUACCGGCCCUUGCCGCCUGACAGCGGCACGCCGAGCAGCCAAUCAGGGAGGGGCAGAGGCAGCGAUGAGUUGGACACUUCACAGAUUUCCAGGAAGCUGAGGGAUCGCUACCUGUCUGGACUUGCCGAGCUAAAGGCAGAGCCCUCGCCAAUGAAGACUACCUGGUACUGUCCUCUGGAUCUGUCCACUGUGGUGGAGGAAGAGGAGGAUGGAGUGAUCUACACAGUGGUGGUCAAACAGCAGCAUGCUGCCCCCAAUAGUCCACUGUCGGCGAUUUCUCGCUCCCAGUGUGUGAAAGCAGGGACGGAAGAGAAGCUGGUGCUCCACCUCCUCCACUCAUUUUCAAUGGGAGACUCCUCCUUCAUCACUAUCUUCCUCUCCACCUAUCGAUCUUUCACCUCCACGAAGAGAGUGCUGGACAUCCUCACUGACAGAUUGGAGAACCCGCCUGGGGACGGCGAGAGGAGCCAGACGAGACGAUCUUUCAACAAAGCGGUGUGUACAGUGUUCAGCACGUGGCUCUCCGAGUAUCCUGAAGACUUCAAGAGUUUGGGGGAGCCCUCUCGCCUGCUGCGCCUGGCUCCCCUCCUCCCCCAGGACUCCUCGUCUGCGGCAGACCUCCGCGCUCGCCUCCUCAGGAUAGCCGAGGAGCUCAGCGAGAAAGCCCUGCUGCCUGACGCCCAAAAAGACCAGACCAGUUUCACCAGCCCUCCUCCUGACGCCUCCAGGUUUGAACCCACCAGCAUCUUGGGAUUCCCUGCAGCACUCAUCGCCGAGCAGCUCACCAAGAUAGAGACAGAGCUGUUUGUCCGUCUGGUCCCGUACCACUGCCUCGGGUCGCUGUGGUCACAGCGGGAUAAGAAAGGGAGGGAAGACGUGUGUUGGUCCGUCCGGGCCACCGUACGUCAGUUCAAUAAGUUGGCCAAUGCAGUUUUAGCAUCCUGCCUUUGGCCUACGAAGCUGCGCAGCCAGCAGAGAGCCCGGCUGCUGGAGAAAUGGAUCAGCGUGGCAGAGGAGUGCCGAGCCAGGAAGAACUUCUCCUCGCUGUACGCCAUCGUGUCGGCCCUGCAGAGUAACCCCAUCCAUCGGCUGAGGAAGACGUGGCAGGACACUGACAGGGAGGCGGUGAGGAGAUACGAGGAGCUGUCGGAAAUAUUCUCAGACAAAGACAACUACUCACAAAGCAGAGAACUGCUGAAGGAGGAGGGCACGUCAAAGUUCGCCAACCUCGACAACAGGCUCAACAACAAACACCUUAAUAAGUCCAACGCCCAGGGCACCGUGCCCUACCUGGGUAUCUUCCUCACAGACCUCACCAUGCUGGACACAGCACACAAAGACAGGCUGGAUAACGGCUACAUCAACUUUGACAAAAGGAGAAGGGAAUUUGAGGUUUUAGCUCAAAUCCGGCUCCUGCAGUCUUCCUGCAAAAACUGUGUUUUUUCCACUGACGAGGCCUUCUUACAGUGGUAUCAGAGUGUGCCCACACUAAGAGAGGAGGAAAGUUACAGACUGUCCAAUGAAAUUGAAGCGCCUGGCGAGCCGAGCCCCCGUGGCCUUACUCCAACAGUCAUCAUCACACAGUGCCCAGACCUGAGUACCUCCCGGACCAGCCUGGCUGGUGACAGUGACAGCCUCUUUGACUUCCCCUCCCCUGUCAAUAACCUGCUGUCAAAACUCACAAAGCAUAUGAGAUCCCCAUCUGUGUCCUGCCUGGAUGUUGACACAUCUCCUCCAAGCAACGACUCCACCCCUGCCACGCUGACUCCAUCCACUCCCACGAAAUCACACCGCCGAUCAGCCUCCUGCGGCAACAACCCCCCCAAUAACAUCCAAGGUUCGGGGCCCGACAUGCGAAUCAUCAGGAUUCGGAUGGAUCUGCAGGAUGGAAACCUGUACCGAAGCAUACUGGUUACGAGCAAUGACAAGACCCCCACUGUGAUCAGCUCUGCCUUAGAAAAGCACAAUCAGGACCCCAAACAGGCAUCCAGAUAUGAGCUGAUCCAACUUCUGCCUGAAGGAAAAGAACUGGUCAUCCCUGCUACAGGAAACGUCUUCUAUGCCAUGACGUCAUCCAGCGUUGACUUCCUGUUGAGAAGGAAAGGCGUGAGCACUCUUCUGGGCUCACAGCCGAUCAGCACAGAGACCAGCGCCACUUUCCCUCGAAUCAAAGCCAAGGGGAGGAGACUGGUCAGGACUCUGUUUUGACACCAGAUUUUCCUCGGCCCGACGUUGUCCACGGUGAUGGAUUUUUCUCGCGGUCCUGACAUGGAAGCAGGGCGAGCUCUCACAGACAGUAAAUGUGGCCUUUUCUGUGCAAAACAAAAAUCUACACAUGCCUUUCUCCCACGCUCCUACAAAGCUUGCAAAGCACCGAGUCUCCCUUGUGUUUUUAUCAGCGACUCCAUAGCAGGUUUUGUCAAACAUUUCAGACCUCCAGCUGCCUUGCUGCGCUCACCAGAGCCGUCUGCUGCUGAAGAACAAUGUCAGUUUUCCUCUUUUCCAAACAGUAUGCAUUACUAAUUUACACCAAGAGGAAGAGUGGUGGAGGCCUUUAACUGGCUGCUUUUUGGUGCUGGCUCUUGAGUCCCAGUCAGGUAGCAUUUUUUUCAUUCCAGCUCAACGAAUAAGAUCUGUUUUAAUUGCUUACAGCCUCCAGGAAAUCCCUUGUUGUUGUUUGCCUCAGUCGUGAGUGACGUUUCCAAAUGUAAGCAGAAGAUUUGAUCGGUCAGAACCUCAGAGAUGUAAGGAUGAAGGAUUUGGGACAUGGAAGAAGUAUCAUGAAAUCUAUAAUGAAAUACACAGAGCCUGUCAAGUCUGGUUCGGGUAAACAGCACACAUGAGGAAGACCAAAAAAUACAGUGCAAGUGCGUCACUGUAGCAAAACACUGGAGACAUAUAUAUGUUUUGUAUAUAUUUAUAUAUUUUGUACGUCUGUAUGAUGUCAACAUUGUGUUUACACUGGCGAGGAGCUCUAGGUCCAUGUGUCUGAACUGUCCAGUGACUAAUUCAUCAAGGAAAAAUGCUUCAAAUACCUGCAGGAGUUCCAGUUUAAACAGGCCAGUGUGUGUGUGCACACUGCAAGAGCAGUUAUUCCAGUUUUGACACACAAGCUUAAAGCUGCAUUAAUCACUAUUUUUAUAUUAACAACUAAUUAAAUUCCUACUCAUAAAGUGAAAGGGGCUCAUUCUAGUGACUAACCUGAAAGGAAAAAUCAGCACUGCAGCUCAUUGGAUCUUUUUGGCCUGUUUUUAAUCUCAUUUGUUUGGGUUUCAGGGCCCCGGAAAUUGACUUCAUGGUUCAUUCUCACAGCUGUUCUCAACCGUGUUUCCAACUGCAGCUGUUUUCAGCAAAAAAAGAUCAGAUAAACCCACAGUAUAGUACCGGCCCAGCAGACACAAAGUUGGUUACUAGCUGGUGAAAAAAGUCAAACGUCUAGCUGCAUAAGAGUCAAAUAUUUUUCUAAGGAGUUGCUGCAGACCAAAUGAAAGCAGAGUGAGAUCAGAUGGACAGAAAUACAACUCCAGAUAAAUACCUCUUCUUCAGCUAGAUGUGAAAGUAGGCAGCUGUUUGCUAUCUUUAACAUCUUUAUAAGGUGGGAAAAUGUCAUGCAGCUUGUUUUGGAGUCCUUCUGACCCCUAGUGGCCAAAAAUGGAUUAUUGCAGCUUUAACAUCACCUCGGAGCACUUUCAAAGCUUGUGACUUUGCUUCAGUUUAUCACUGUAGCCCCAAAACCACGAGGAGAACAGUAAGAAAAACAAAACAAUACACCAACAUUGUUCAGUUUAAGGUUUUCCAGGUAUGAAUUUUUUUAACAGAGCAUAAGCUAAACUUCUUUUAUGCAGAUUUCUACGAAUCAGCAACACACACACCUUCACUGCUGUUUACCUGCAGGACAACGCCUCAGCUCCAAUGUCAUGUUAUGAAUAAACAUGUUCACUUCAGUGUAGGUUUACACAGCCUCUUUGAAAAAAAAAAAUGCCUGGACUUUGACGAACUCUUGUGACCUCUGGUUGUAUGUGUUCAGUGCUGGUGAGGCCUCCUGAUUGGCUGAGGCAGAAGCACAGGGGGACCAGGGAGAGGAUUCUUCAGACGACGUGUGCUCUCGUUAUGCUAUGUUACUGAUUGUUUUAGUGCCUUUCUCCACCGGAUGCCCAUCUUUCCCAUGUUUGCAUUAGAAUGUAUCCAGUAUACACAGAGCAGUCACCUCCAGUGCUGUGUCUCACAUCAAAGCUAUUUAUGCACUACAUACAGGAUGUCCUAUUUUUGUGGUAAUAAAUUUACUUUUAUACGAAUCCCAUUGCUCUUGACUAAUGUGCUGUAACAUAUUCCAAGUUCAGUGCAGAUGGGUUUUUCCCCUGCUGCUCAGUAUCCCAUAAAAACAAUUAAAGCUGUCUCUAAAUGUCAAAUAGUAAGUAUGAUAAGGUAAAAAAAAACAAAACAAGGUGAACAGUAUUCAGUGACAAAAAAAUACAGUUUUUAGUCUUUUUAUUCAGAUUCAAGACAGCCAGCAUAUUUAUCUUCAAGCAAAAUCAAGGUCAGAACAGAUGUAUGUAUGUGUAAAUGUGAACUAUAAAAUCUAAGGCGCAUUAUAAAAGAGUUCUGGAUGCGUCAGAAAAGGCCAUUUUAAAUUCACGGACGCUCAAACCAAGCCGGUUAACAACAAACACUCCUGAAACACACAGUAUUAAAGCAUUCCCCACACCUGGAUCAGUGUCUGUAGUUCAAUACUUUCAGUGAUUUGUGUGCGUGUGCUGAAUGUUAACGUCGUGCAGUUAAUCAGCUGCUGUUCAUACAUUUGAAAUUCCACGAAAGCCAUUUAGAAUAGCGUUGAUUUCAACG